GGUGGUGCACAGAAACCAAAAAGCUAAGCUGAAAUUCAUUUUCAGGUGUUUUUAUCUGGAAAGUGAACGCCAUGUCUUAUAAUUACGUGGUAACGGCGCAGAAGCCCACGGCGGUGAACGCAUGCAUUACCGGUCAUUUCACCUCAGCAGAGGACCUGAACCUUCUCAUAGCGAAGAACACACGGCUGGAGAUCUAUGUGGUCACUGCAGAGGGAUUACGCCCGGUCAAAGAGAUCGGCAUGUAUGGCAAAAUCGCUGUUAUGGAGCUUUUCAGGCCUAAAGGAGAAAGUAAGGACCUUCUGUUUAUUUUGACGGCCAAGUACAAUGCCUGCAUUCUUGAGUAUAAGCAGAAUGGUGACAGCAUUGAUAUAAUUACUCGUGCCCAUGGAAAUGUACAGGAUCGGAUUGGGCGUCCAUCAGAGACUGGCAUAAUCGGUAUAGUGGAUCCUGAGUGUCGUAUGAUUGGGCUGAGGCUGUAUGAUGGUCUCUUUAAAGUUAUCCCAUUGGAUCGUGACAACCGUGAACUUAAGGCAUUUAAUAUUCGGCUGGAAGAGCUGCAGGUUAUAGAUGUGCACUUUCUUUAUGGAUGCCAAGCCCCAACAGUCUGUUUUAUAUACCAGGACCCUCAAGGGCGGCAUGUGAAGACAUAUGAAGUUUCUCUGAAGGAAAAGGAAUUUAAUAAAGGACCCUGGAAACAGGAAAAUGUUGAGGCCGAAGCCUCAAUGGUUAUUCCAGUUCCUGAGCCAUUUGGUGGUGCUAUAAUCAUUGGUCAGGAGUCCAUUACUUAUCACAAUGGCGAUAAAUAUCUGGCUGUUGCACCUCCAACAAUCAAGCAAAGCACAAUUGUUUGUCAUAACCGCGUGGACCCGAACGGCUCUCGCUAUCUGCUGGGUGACAUGGAUGGAAGGCUCUUCAUGCUACUGCUGGAGAAAGAGGAGCUUAUAGAUGGAACCAUGGUCCUCAAAGACCUACGUGUGGAACUACUAGGAGAGACUUCCAUUGCUGAGUGUCUUACAUACCUGGAUAAUGGUGUGGUCUUUGUUGGGUCAAGGCUGGGAGAUUCUCAACUUGUCAAACUGAAUGUUGACAGUAAUGAUCAGGGAUCAUAUGUAGCUGUUAUGGAAACUUUUACUAACCUGGGCCCCAUAGUGGACAUGUGUGUGGUGGAUCUGGAGCGGCAAGGCCAGGGACAGCUGGUGACUUGCUCUGGUGCGUUUAAAGAGGGCUCUCUAAGGAUUAUUCGUAAUGGCAUUGGAAUCCAUGAGCACGCCAGUAUUGACCUGCCUGGCAUUAAAGGACUUUGGCCUCUUCGCUCAGAGGCAGGUAGAGAAACUGAUGACAUGCUAGUGCUUUCUUUUGUUGGCCAGACCAGAGUGCUGAUGCUGAGUGGUGAGGAGGUGGAGGAGACGGAACUUCCAGGAUUUGUAGAUAAUCAGCAGACAUUCUUUUGUGGAAAUGUGGCUCACCAGCAACUAAUUCAGAUCACGUCUGGUUCAGUUCGACUGGUCACCCAGGAGAGUAAGUCUCUGAUUAGUGAAUGGAAGGAGCCUCAAGGACGAAACAUUAGCGUGGCUGCCUGUAACUCCACCCAGGUGGUGCUGGCUGUGGGUCGAGUGCUUUACUAUUUGCAGAUACUCGGUGGAGAACUCAAGCAGAUAAGUACCACAGAGAUGGAGCAUGAGGUGGCCUGUUUGGACAUUACACCUCUGGGAGAGAAUGGUGGAGAGUCCAGUCUGUGUGCUGUAGGCCUGUGGACAGACAUCUCAGCCCGCGUUCUCCGGCUGCCCAGCUUCAGCCCCUUACAUAAGGAGAUGCUAGGAGGAGAGAUAAUUCCACGUUCUAUCCUGAUGACUACUUUUGAGGGCAUCCAUUACCUGCUGUGUGCUCUUGGAGAUGGUGCCCUAUUCUACUUUGGCCUCGACCUGCAGACAGGUGUUUUAAGUGAGCGGAAGAAGGUGACUCUGGGCACUCAGCCCACAGUACUGCGUACUUUCCGCUCUCUUUCCACCUCCAACGUGUUUGCUUGCUCAGACAGACCCACUGUCAUCUACUCCAGCAACCACAAACUCGUCUUCUCCAACGUCAACCUCAAGGAGGUUAAUUACAUGUGCCCCCUCAACUCUGAGGGCUACCCCGACAGCUUGGCUCUUGCAAAUAACAGCACUCUGACCAUCGGCACUAUUGACGAGAUCCAGAAACUCCAUAUUCGCACUGUACCUCUAUACGAGUCGCCCAAGAGAAUCUGUUAUCAGGAGGUGUCUCAGUGUUUCGGCGUGCUGUCGAGCAGAGUGGAGAUGCAGGAUGUGAAUGGCACCACAGCUCCUGUACGCCCCAGUGCCAGCACUCAGGCUCUGUCCAGUAGUGUCAGUUCCAGUAAGCUCUUUCCCAGUAGCACUUCUCCCCAUGAGACCUCCUUCGGCGAGGAGGUGGAGGUGCACAGUCUGCUUGUGGUUGACCAGCACACUUUUGAAGUGCUUCACGCCCACCAGUUUUUACCAAGUGAGUACGCCCUUAGCUUGGUUUCCUGUAAACUGGGCAAAGAUCCUGCUGUGUACUUCAUUGUGGGCACUGCUAUGGUUUACCCUGAGGAGGCAGAGCCCAAGCAAGGUCGCAUUAUCGUCUUUCACUACACAGAUGGUAAACUGCAGACUGUAGCAGAAAAGGAGGUGAAAGGUGCUGUGUACUCAAUGGUGGAAUUUAAUGGCAAAUUACUGGCCAGCAUCAACAGCACAGUGCGCCUGUAUGAGUGGACAGCAGAGAAAGAGCUGAGAACGGAGUGCAAUCACUAUAACAACAUCAUGGCACUCUAUCUAAAGACCAAAGGCGACUUUAUACUAGUGGGAGACUUGAUGAGAUCGGUGCUGCUGCUGGCGUACAAACCCAUGGAGGGCAACUUUGAAGAGAUCGCUCGGGAUUUUAAUCCUAACUGGAUGAGUGCAGUGGAGAUUUUGGAUGAUGAUAACUUCCUAGGUGCAGAAAAUGCUUUUAACCUUUUUGUUUGCCAAAAAGACAGCGCUGCCACCACUGAUGAGGAGAGGCAGCAUUUGCAGGAGGUGGGUGUGUUCCAUCUGGGCGAGUUUGUGAAUGUGUUCUGUCACGGUUCCUUGGUUCUGCAGAACCUUGGAGAGAGUUCUACUCCCACCCAGGGUUCAGUGCUCUUCGGCACAGUUAAUGGAAUGAUUGGGCUGGUUACUUCACUGUCUGAGGGAUGGUAUAGUUUACUCAUGGACUUGCAGAACAGACUCAACAAAGUUAUUAAGAGCGUGGGCAAGAUCGAGCACAGCUUCUGGAGAUCAUUCAAUACGGAAAGGAAGACCGAGCAGGCCACAGGAUUCAUUGAUGGAGAUCUGAUCGAGAGCUUCUUGGAUCUUGGCCGGGCCAAAAUGCAGGAGGUUGUUAGCACACUACAGAUUGAUGAUGGCAGCGGAAUGAAGAGAGAAGCUACAGUGGAUGAAGUAAUUAAGAUAGUGGAGGAGCUCACCAGGAUCCACUAACCUGCUCUGCUUAACAACGUUCUGUACAUAGAUAUAAAUAAAUCAACAGGUGGGGGUGUGGAUGAGUUGCUGUGUGUCAAGAGCAAGAGUAUGAGAGUUUGUGCGUUUCACUCCUGACGGUUCAGCCCUAUCCCUUUCCUGUUUUGAGAGCCUUGUGUAUCUAAAUUCAUGCAUAUACACACGUUUGCAUAAAGCUGAUAGUACAGAUCCUUCUUAAGGACAGAUUCUCUGGACUCUGUGAGUGUGAGAGUUUGUGUUAUUGUGUUUUCUCUAUUGUGAGGUCUGUAUGAGUGUGUAUGAUAAAUGACGACUGAACAGUCAUUUGCGCUUUGAUAAUUGUACUGCUGGGACGUACUGCCAGCUUUAACUGAGUUUCAGAAGUUGGCUAAUUAUAGAAUGGGUGGGCUGAAUAGAUUUUUAUUAGUGACAUUUUGUCGAUGUGCUGUUUUCCCCAGUCGUUCAUUUUAAUAAAGCUUGCUUUAGUACCUUC